AAGUCACCUACACUCCUCUCUACCCAAGAACAACCUCAACAACCAACACCAUGUGUGGCUACUACGGAAACUACUAUGGCGGCAGAGGCUAUGGCUGCUGUGGCUAUGGAGGCCUGGGCUAUGGCUAUGGAGGCCUGGGCUGUGGCUAUGGCUCCUACUAUGGCUGUGGCUACCGUGGACUGGGCUGUGGCUAUGGCUAUGGCUGUGGCUAUGGCUCACGCUCUCUCUAUGGCUGUGGCUAUGGCUGUGGCUCUGGCUAUGGCUCUGGAUUUGGCUACUACUACUGAAGACACCAUGGAAGACUCUUACCCUCUUGAAUGUGAGCUCAGAAAUCUCCUAUUCUGAACUCCAUGUUUUCUGAACCCCCUUCUUAGAGGCUCUUACACCUCAAGUUUAUGAUGUAACCUUAUUGAAGAUAUGUCAUUUAAUGAACUUCAGAUAUAAGACCUGAGGCUUUUAUUUCUUUGAAUUUGACUCCUGAGAAUAAAUAUUGUUUAGAUAUUAUCUUGUGUACUCUAUAUCUCUCAACAGGAUAACAAGAAUCUUGUGUUUUUAUUUUUCUAUAUUUUUCUAAUAAAUUUAUUCAAUCUUACACACUACAA